AUGGUUAGCAAGGUAUUUUUUAUUUAUUGAAUUGCGGCUUUUAUAAAGGCAAAAUAUUCAGGUUACAUUAUUUUUCAUCGUCUUUGGUACGGUUUACUUUCUCGAGUCCAUAGGAGGCUUCUACAUGACCAGGUGAGCGAAAUAAAAACGAAUUUGAUAAAAUAAAAGUGAAAGUUGUGAGUUUUAAAUUUAAAAUCUAAAAUAAACUCUAUGGAGAAUCACAAUCUGUUCAAUUUUUUCUAAUCUGACAACCGAGAUGCAAACUUCGUGAAGUUCAUGCUUAUCAAUAAUAUUAAUAUUACAUUCAAAAAUUUUUUCGGGUUUCGCUUUACUGAAAUUGCUGGUAUUAUUCUGUGAACUAUAGUUUCUUGCAAUGUCUUUCAUAACAUAUUUUUGAACGCCUACUGAAAUUUGGCGUUACUCUUCAUCUGUGGUCGAUAUUUAGUGGCAAUAUGCAACUUAUUGGACAAACAAAGCCGUCCCAAAACGUUGUGGGAGUGUGUAUGUGUCGAUACAAAGUUCCUCACUAUCGCUUUGGAACGCAAAUUUUUACUUGACAAUAAGAUAAGAAUAAGCCUUUGAGUCUAGUCAUAUUUUUGAAAGACAGACACAGAAAAAUGAGGAAAAAAGUUGAAUAAUCGGCUACAAAACGUUUUCGGCGAGCUUUUCUAAGUGACAUUUUGACUGUCUAAAGUGUCAGAAGAGAGAAUAACGGGAAGCGACGCGAAAGAUAAGAAAUCAAAGAGAAAGGGACAUUAUUUUUGAAUGUUUUGGUGAAAUGAAAAAUAAUGAAGAGAGAACUUUAAUUCGAUUGUUGUGAAAAGGACGUUAUUUGUAACUUUCAUUGAAAUUAUAAUUGAGGAGAAGAAUAUGUUUUUGAAAAUAGAAUUGCCUGAAAACUCACUUUUGCGUCAAUCAUGAGACAAUUUAUUCAAAUACAUCGAAAAAAUUAAAAUUGGUGUCAAAAUUUUCAAAUUCCUAGUGCGGUCGUGUUCAUCGAGAAGCAGUUCCAAAUCCCUUCAAAACUCAGCGGAACCAUGGUUUCUGCUGGAGAUUUCGCCUACAUUCCUGUCGUCAUCUUCACAAGUUAUUUUGGAGGAAAGGUUAAUCACUUUUAUUUCUAUUCGAUUUUUCGAUAAAACUUCCAGGGCAACAGAGCCCGUUGGAUCGGCGCUGGCUGUAUUUUGAUCUCCAUCGCCAACUUCAUGAUCAGCAGCAGCAAUUUCCUGUUUCCCGUGGAGAAAUUCCACGUCAACUCAUCCUAUAUACCGCCCACGCUUGUGCAUCAAAUCAAUCGGUGAGAAAAAUUAAAAACUGCAGCUUUGAAUUCGCAAAUUAUUUAAAAACCCUUGAUUUUUUUUAAUAGGAAACUUCGAGUCUAAUUUAUUUGAAAACUCCUCGAUUAGUUUUUUUUAGAACUAAAAUCAAGAUUAAGAAAGAAACUCUUUUUUUGGAUUUUCAAACUUCAAUGAAUUAUUUAGUGAUUUGGGAAGAAGUUAGCUAAUUUAAAUUAUUCGAAACGCGACGCUUGGACCCAUUCCAAGGGCGAUCAUAAAGUUCCUACUGAGUUACACACUCAAUUCAAAAUUUAGUUUCAAAAUCUAUUCCAGAGUUCAUGAAAAUUUAUAUAAUUGAGUGUUACAAACAUCUCUUCAAACAUUCCAUGAUUCAACAGUUACAAAAUUACUGUGAAAAGUGAAUAAACGCUAAACUUUAUAUAGAAAUAAUUUUUUCAUUCAAAAUAUCUUUUUUUUUUCAAAUAUUGUUCAUUGCUUUUGAGUGACUUGAUCGGAAGUGCUAACGACUCCCUCUGGCUUGAAGAAGUCCAUUCAACAAUUGAUCCGCAGAAUCGGGUUGUCUCAAACUAUGUGAGUUAUGGAACUCCCGAAAGUAGGAAAUAGAAGGAAGUUUAGGAAGGAGACGAACGCCAUGACCUGUUGAAAAAGUACAUUUCUUAUUGUCACUCCAACAAAGGAUCGGAUAUUUGCCAAAAGCUGGAGGUUCUAAAAUGUUGAAAAAUACAGAAAUAAUGUAUCUCUCAGUACUACAUGGGUCAAAGGAACGUCGUUAGUGAGCUUGACGUUUCUCAUGUGAGAUUACUCACGAGCUUGCCCUACGCGUUCUGUCACUCCAUUCUCAACACCAUUCGAUCUGAUGUUAGUUUUCCUUCUGAAGAACUCGAGCUAUCAAUAAUAUUUGAGCACAAAGCGGACGAAUGCAAAAGGGACCAGUCUUCUUUGGGUCCAUUCAUGAUGAUUUUCGGAGGCCUUCUUGUUCUUGGAGUUGGCCGGUUGGGAUUUGAACUUAUGGUCCUCUCAAGGCUAGAUUGAAGAAGAUCAUAGCUCAUUCUGAGAUCUUUUCUUCUGAAAAUCCAACAAUUCUCAAAUUAUCUGCUCGAGAAUUCUCAAAUUAUCUGCUAUCUACACUGUCUACAGUUAUCUUGUUCAAGAAGUCAAAUCUUUGAAAAAAGUAUUUUUUAUCUUGAGAAAAUCUUGGAAGUUGAUAACUGAAGCGUUUGCGUUCCGUUAAAAUUAAUGUACGAGGAAGGAAAAUUUAAGAUUAUUUCUGGUCGUUAGAAACCUUGUUGAUGUUAUAGAACCAUGCCGUUUUCCCUGGGCCUUCCACUGAUGGACGACAACGUCAAGAGAAAGAAUCUCCCCCUUUACUUCUGUAAUAUAAACCUUCUUAUCAAAAUAUCAAAGAAGUUUCCAGCUUUCAUGUUCUUUGUCAAAAUUCUCGGUCCAGUCAUUGGUCUCUUGGUCGGCGGUCAACUCAACAAAAUCUACUACGAUUUCAAUCGUAAUAGCCCAUUUUUUGAUUAAAAUACAAAUUUUUUGAGCUCCUCAUGGUCUUACUCCCCUUGAUCCAAUGUGGAUUGGCUGCUGGUGGCUGGGAUUCCUCAUUUUCGGGUAGAAGACUCAAAAAAAAGUCCAACGAAAAGAACUAUUUCAGAGCUUUACUGUUCGGACCUUCUUUGGCGCUCUACUUCUUCCCCUCGGAUGAUCUGGAUCUUGGAAAAGAAGGAGCCGAAGAGAAGCUCCUGGAUAACGGAGAAGUUGUGGUGAAAAGGCCUCAAAGAUUGAAUCUCGUGGAUCGACAUGUCCGCAAAACUUCCGAUGGAAAGGUCCAUAUGCCGGUUGGCGCUGGAGAAAAGGCAACAGGUACUCGAAUUGCUCAGAGAAACUAUCGAUAAACCAAUAAAACAGAGUUUUUCACUACGGUCAGCGAGCUGUUCCGCAACAAAAUUUUCAUCGGAGCCAUGCUUGGCCGGAUUGUUGACGUCCUCGCCUUCAAGGGGUAGGAAUCAGCCGUUUUGAUUCAAGUUUCAAUAUUGAACUUUCUUCAGAUACUUUGUAUUCCUCGGAAAAUACUUGGAACUGCAAUUCGGCGUACCGCAGUUCAGGAUUCAACGAUACCUAGGUAUUUCGAAAAAAAUGAUGUUUUCAUUGAGAAAGUAUGGGCAUGUGUUUCAUGGAACUUUACCAUUUAACUAAAAAGACCCUCCGAUUAAUUCGAAAUUUGGGCUCGGACGAUCAUAUCGUAGCUUUUCUUUCCAAAGGAACUGGAUAAAAAAACUGACAUGUAAGAAGUCUUCGCAUUCAGCUUCAACUGGAAUCGUUGGAUUUGCCAUUGGCGUGAUCCUGGGAAGUAUCUCGAUGAAAAAGUUCCGAUUGGAAGGUUCUUUUUUUUCUGAUUCUAUAAAUCAAGUUUGCUAUCAGGAAGAAAAGCAGCCGGCUGGGUCGCUAUUUGCAGUUUGGUUGCCGCGUCUUUGUCUUUUGUAAACUCAACGGUUGGCUGCAAAUCUGUCAUAGGACUGAUGGGAGACCAGGCCAUGUGAGACAUCCUAAACUGAUGAAAAAACAAAAGUUUGUCAAUUUAGCGCCAAAAACUUCACGUUCGACACUUGCCGAGAUGACUGCGGGUGUGAAGGAAUGCCGUUCUACCCAGUUUGCAACAAGGCGUUAGUGAAGUAGAAAAAAUAUCCUUGAAACAAGGAAUUUUCAGAGGCGACGUCUUCUAUUCUCCGUGCCACGCCGGCUGUCCAAUGGGUUGGAAGAAUUACAGCAUUUUCGAUAAUACCAACAAUCCGAGUGAAACACUGGCGAGUCUUAAAACUAAAACUUCGAAAUUUCACGUAAGUUUCCAGAUUUUUGAAAACUGCGAGUGCGCCAACCACGGAAUUCAAGAAGUCAGUCGCACAUUCUGUCGAAUUGGUUCGUGUAACUAAUUGGAUAUCAAAGCUAUUAUCAAAGUUCAGAAGAGUGUGAGGAGCGGUUCAACCGAUUCUUCAUGAACCAAGCCAUGACAGCAGUUUUCGGAGGUCUGUCCGUGGUUCCAGGAAUGCUCAUCGUACUGAGGUUACUCUCUUCAGAAUUUAAGUCAACUUGGAUGUUUUCAGAGCAGUUCCGCCAGAGCACCGAAGUAUCUCCUUGGGUUUCAAUGGUUUCCUCGUCAGUUUAUUUGGUAAAUGAUUCAAACCUUUGUCUAUAAAAAUUAUUUUACAGCCACGCUUCCUUCGCCCAUCCUGUGGGGUAAGAUCUUCGACAUGAGUUGCCUGAUGUGGCAGACGUCCUGUGACAAGAAAGGCUCAUGCUCCAUCUACGACACUGACGAGCUUCGAGUUAGGUGAGUCUUUUACCGACAAUGGCUCGGAAAAAAAUGAGUCUUCAGACUACACAUCAUCUACGGUUGCUUGCGCCUAUUCUCUUUGCUUUCCGACAUUUGGGUCUUCAUCUGGGCCAAAGGGUUGAAACUCAUCGACGAGGACGAUUCCAAGAAGAUAGACCAGAAACCAAUAACUAUUGAGAAAGAAAAAGAACACCCCGAAACCGAAGAAGUUUCCGCCGUCGCUGAUCGAGUAGAAAAAGUCGCUCAAGAUUUAGACACAUUGAUAGAUCGCCGAGGAUCUUAG